AUGCAAACAAAUACUAACAAACAUAUAUUAUCAUAUAUUUUAUAUGAUACAAAUGUUGGAUUAAGUGUCAUGGAAGAUAAAACUAUUAAAGUACAGAUAAGUAAUUCUGAGUAUAGAGAUUUCAUAACUCAAAAAUUAGAAUCAGACAAAAAUAAUGGGUUGAAUGAUUAUACACCUUGUCCAACAAUGAAUGUUUAUGAUUUGGAGGGAAAUGUGGCAGAGUCAGAAAAAGAUUUUUGCGAUACUAGUACUAAUGUUGAAAAUACAUCAGAAAGAAAAAGAAAACAAGAAAGCAGUUGCUGA